GUUUGUAAUUCGUUCAAAGAGUACCUGUGAUCCAAGAAAAAAAGAUACAUUGACUAAUAAAUGUGACCGAAGAUUGGAAAUUGGAAAAAUAGCAAUUGAUUGCAUCAAUAAAGGAGACAAAUGAGUUUAGCAAGGAUACUUUGCCGAGGUCUGGUGCAUCAUGGGAGUCCAGCAGUACAGGCAACUAAAACUAUGACAGAUUCAAUCUCUACACGAUUAUUUUCAUGUAUAAGUGCUUACAGACCACAAACACUAACUUCAGUUAAAGAGUCUAGGUCCCAGUUCCCUAAUCAAGGACUUUCUAAGUUGUUGCUACCUGCUUCCACUUCAAUUUUAUCAGUUAGAACAUACAAACCAAAGAAUGUCUUAAAAUUAAGAUGUGAUGGCUGUUAUUUUGAAAGACGUAAAGGAAGAUUGUAUGUUGAAUGUACCUUAAAACCAAGACACAGACAAAUGAAGAAAAUGCCUUCAGGUUUAUUAUACAGAGAUGAUUAUUCAAAAGGAAAAUUUCAUGAGGCAUGUUGGUGGAAAUAUCGAGCAGAUAGAUACUACAGACAAGGAGAAACUGAGUUCACACAUUAUAACUGGUUAGGGGAUAGAUUGGGAAAAGAAAUUUAGAAGAGAAAAAAAGACAUUUUUACAUGUACUCUGAAAUUCUGAAUAUGUGAAUGGAGUUCAAUAAAUGAUUUAAUGUU